AUGAAUUGCAUAUGCUGGAACUGUCGCGGUGCUGGCGACGCUGCGACAGUUAAGGAGGUCAAGGACCUCGUGUUACAAUACGCCCCAGUGGUUCUUUGUCUUUUGGAGACCCAGCUGGAGAAAACUAGAUUAGAGAAUCUAACCAGAUCUUUUGGAUAUGAUAACUGCUAUGCUGUGUCUAGCGAGGGCCGAAGUGGAGGCCUUGCAAUGUACUGGAAUAAUCCUCUAGUGCUCGACCUUCAGAGUUUCUCGAAAAAUCAUAUUGACAUGAAGGAGACUAUAAUGAAGUGCUUUAGUAGAGAGGAACACUUCGGUGUAGGCGACAGAGAUGACGCGCAGAUAAAUGUUUUCUACUCUGAGCUUCUGGGCCGAGAAAGACCCACCUCCUGGGGCUUUGACCUGGCGGCGCUCUACUGCGGCUCGCGCACGGUGGAUGGGCCGCGGCUGAUCGGCCCAUUCUCGCCGUCUGAGAUCCGGGCUGCAGUGGAUGGGCUCGAUCGCAACAGCUGCGUGGCCCGUCGUCUCGACUUGCAGCGCCUCCUUGCUGCUUUUCACGCCAACGAAGCGGACCUGGAGCGUAUAAAUCGCUCCCACAUCGUGCUCCUCCCGAAACGCGAGGGGGUGCUGCCGCCAAGCGCCUUCCGGCCUGUUUCCCUCCAGAACUGCGACAUGAAGAUCAUCUGCAAAACUCUUACCUCGCGUCUCCAAGCCCAGAUCGAGGACAUCAUCGACAUUGAUCAGUCAGGCUUCAUCGCGGGGCGUAGCAUCUCUGAGAAUUUCAUCUACGCCACGGAGAUGGUGCAGUGCUGCUUCAAGAGGCGUGCUCCGGCUCUCGUCUUGAAGCUGGAUUUCGCCAAGGCGUUUGACUCCAUCGACUGGCUGAGUCUGCGGAAGAUCCUCCUCGCCCGCGGCUUCCCUCCCCUUUGGUGCGAUUGGAUCGACGCCAUCUUCCACUCCUCGCGGUCGGCGGUCCUCCUCAACGGCGUGCCAGGGAGGUGGAUCGGCUGCAAGCGCGGGCUGAGGCAGGGGGACCCCCUUUCCCCCUACCUCUUCCUCAUCGUCGCCGACCUCCUCCAAAAGCUGAUCAAGAUGGAUGGGGUGUUGCGCCACCCGCUCAUCGACGGCCUCCCUCCUUUGGUGCUGCAGUACGCCGACGACACGCUCAUCAUCAUGCGUGCGGACGACGGCGCUGCUGCCCAGCUCAAGCUGAUCCUCGACCGGUUCGCCCGCGCCACCGGCCUCGUCAUAAACUUCACCAAAAGCACCAUGGUGCCCAUGCACGUCGACGCUGGCUGCGUCGCUAGUGCUGCCGCCGCCCUCGGAUGUGUGGUGGAAAGCUUCCCUCAAACGUACCUGGGGCUGCCCCUCUCGUGUGAGAAGCUCGGCAUCGACGCGUUCGUGCCCCUCAUCGCCAAGGCCGACAAAUGCUUAUCGGGCUGGCGCGCUCUGUUGCUCUCUCCCGCCGGUCGCCUCGUGCUGGUGAACGCGGUCCUCGACUCGCUUCCCACCCACGCUAUGGCGGCGAUGCUCCUUCCGCCCGCCGUUAUCAAGGCGCUGGAUGCUCUUCGCCGGGCUUUCCUUUGGGGGGGCGGUGACCAGGUCAGCGGCGCCAAGUGUCUGGUUGCCUGGGACAAGGUCUGCCGGGCCAAGUGUGAGGGCGGCCUCGGCGUGCGCGCCCUUGGGGUGCAGAACGCCUGCCUCCUCGUCAAGGUCCUCCACCGCCUCCACGUCCAUCCCACCUCUCCCUGGGCCUCUUGGCGUUGGAACAUGGUCGGCGACGGCUCCAUCGCGGACUCGGUCCGCUCCGAGCCCACCGGCGAUCACUGGGCGAGCCUGCGCGCUCUGGUGCCUCUCUACCGCUCGAUCACGCGGGUUUCGGUGGAGGAUGGGAGGCGCACCUCCUUCUGGCACGACCACUGGCUCCCCAGCGGCCCCUUGUGCCUUUCGCACCGCCUCCUCUUCUCGCACACCACCUGCCAAGAGGCGACCGUGGCUGCCGUGCUGCUCCAUGGGAUCGACAUGAUCCUCGUCCCCAGGCUCACAGCUGCCGGUGAGCGCGAGCUGGUGUCGCUCGAGGCCAUCCUGGGCGCGGUCACCCUCUCCGACAGGGCCGACCAGCGGCGUCUCACUCUCUGCGCCGCGCCCCAUGCCAGACUCUCCGCCAGUUCCUUGUACAAGUUGUGCCGUUUUGGCGGUGUUGACUCUCCCCACGCCGACUUCGUCUGGGGGAGUUGCGCCCCUUCGCGUGUCAAGUUCUUCACCUGGCUCUUGGUCCAGGCCAGGGUCCACACGCGCGACACCCUCCUGCGCAAGAACGUUCUUUCCGCCUCGGAAGCGGGGUGUCCUCUUUGCGACGAGGCUCUCGAGACGGCGAGCCACAUGGUCCUUCACUGCCCAGCGGCGCGCGCUUUCUGGGCCGCGAUCGGCGUCGUCGUCCCCGUUGCUUCUCGGAUCGGGGAGCUGCAUCUCCUCGCCAUGCCGUGCUCCGUCCAUUCCGAGACGGCGCCGGCGUUCGUCAUGCUCUGCUGUUGGCACCUGUGGAAGCAACGCAACGCGGCGGUCUUCCGUGCCGCCGCCCCCUCGCUCCAGCUGCUCCUGAAGACGUGCCGCGACGAUGCCACGCUUUGGUCUGGCAGGUUCCCCCUCGCCUUGCGUGCUCAUGUUAGGGAUUGGCACCGCGCGCUGCGGCUAGCGCCCUAA